AUGGAGGACGAGUUUCAACUAGCGGCCAUGCUCCCCACAGCGGGAUAUCUCUUCGCUGAAGAGCUGGACGCGCAUUUCCACGCCCUCGACGACUUCAACGCCAUGCUCCUGCAGGAUGACUGUGUAGACCCCAAGGUCACGGCAGUAGAAUGCUCCUUCAGCUUCGUCCGGCCGACGCCGCCGAUAGCGCCCAGCUCACCUUCAUCGGUGGUGUUUCUACCCACAUGCAAUAGCUUCGACGAGCGGUAUAUCAAGCAGGAGUCUAUAGCUCCAAUCUCCUACACUGACACGGUCUUCAUUAAGCCAGAGUCUCGGUACGCCACCCGUGAGGAUACUUUAAGUGAGGAGGACAAGGAGCGUCUCCGACAACGCCAACGAGGCUACGAGAAACGAUACCGUGGCCGUAAGAGGCGCGACGAGUGGCUGGAGCUUGAGAUGACGCUGCACGCUGAUCGCAAUAAGCGCUGUAGACCCUACGUCCGCAUGGAGCAGAGUGGCCGGGACUCCCUCCGCCACAAACUACUGCUACUCAAGCUCGAGGAGCGCGCACUUCGCCAGGACCAGGUCGCAAUGCGCUCGCUCCAGGCGUGGGAGCAAAUCUCGCGGAUCCGCGAAUACUCGGACAAGGAACAGCUGCGCACGGCGAGUGAGUGGCGCCACAGUGCCGACAAAGUGAUCGGCCGCUGUGCACUGCUCGGGCCGGACCGAUUCCACCCGUACGCGCCGUUGAAGCAGCGCCACUUCACGUGGUGA